GUGGUAAAGUGGGCUCACAUGUUGGGCCUCUCUGGUCUUGGCCCAGAAUGGCGACGAUAUAUUGCAUCCCUCUCCUUUCUUUUUCCCGCGAUCCGUAGAUAGUCAUCUGGUUCGUCUCUGCGUCUUCCGGACCAAGCCUCAGAGAUGAAGAAAGGGGAGACUUCAGGGGAAGCUGCUCGGCCAUGGGAGUCCUACCACACCGCUUACACCAAUGCUAAAGCAGGCAUGGAUGGAGUUGACAAGGAGAAGGUGCAAAGAAUAGUGUAUGAGAUGAGCAAAGGAUCAAAGUAUUUUGAGAACGAGGGACGCAGGGAGGCCUUGAUAAGGCAGAAAAUUGAACACAUGCGUGCUCGAUGUGCCAACCUAUCUGCUGCCGAUAUAUCUCAUUAUCAGACGGUUGCUGAUAAAAGAAUUUUAGAGCUAGAAGCUAGACGUGACCUUUCAAAGAUUUGGUUACAUGUAGAUAUGGAUGCUUUCUAUGCAGCUGUUGAAACAUUGAGUAAUCCUUCUCUAAAAGGAAAACCGAUGGCUGUUGGCAGCAUGUCUAUGAUCUCCACUGCUAAUUAUGAGGCAAGGAGGUUUGGUGUUCGUGCUGCGAUGCCUGGAUUUAUUGCACGUAAAUUAUGUCCACAGUUGAUUUUUGUGCCCACAGAUUUCGAGAAGUAUACUCAUUACAGUGCUUUAACCAGAAAAGUUUUCCAGAAAUAUGAUCCUAACUUUAUGGCUGCCAGCUUGGAUGAAGCAUACCUUGAUAUAACAGAGGUUUGUGAAGAAAGGGGUGCUACUAGUGGAGAAAUUGCUGAAGAACUGAGGAAAAAUGUUUAUGAAGAGACUGGUCUUACAUGUAGUGCAGGAGUGGCACCAAACCGCUUACUUGCUAAGGUUUGCUCAGAUAUAAACAAGCCAAAUGGACAGUUUGUUUUGCCAAAUGACCGGUUGGCUGUCAUGAUUUUUAUAUCGUCGCUUCCUGUACGAAAGAUAGGGGGUAUUGGUAAAGUCACAGAACAUAUUUUACGGGAUGUUUUUGGAAUUAACACAUGUGAGGAGAUGCUGGAAAAGAGUGGUCUCCUAUGUGCGCUAUUUUCUCAUUCUUCCGCAGAUUUUUUUAUGUCAGUGGGACUUGGACUUGGGCAAACAGAUACCCCGCAAUUUCGGUUGCGAAAAAGCAUAAGUAGUGAGAGAACAUUUUCAGCCACCAGCAAUGAAACAUUUCUCUAUAAAAAAUUAGGUCCUCGAUCCCGUUACACACUGCUAAAUUGGUGGGAAGAAAAUUCACUGCCAUUGUGCUUUUUGUUUGCAGGGGAACUUGCAGAGAUGCUAUCUGACGACAUGCAAAGAGAAGGUCUUAGUGGACGAACAUUGACUCUGAAGCUGAAAACGGCAUCUUUUGAGGUUAGAACUAGAGCUGUGACUCUGCAAAAAUAUAUUUGUUCUAGUGAGGAAAUUUUGAAUCAUGCUUCAAAGUUGCUGAAGGCUGAACUGCCAGUUUCUCUAAGGUUGAUUGGCCUGCGGCUGUCACAGUUUAAUGAAGACAAAGAUGGUGCUCCAUCUGAUCCGACACAAAAAAGUCUCACUGACUUUAUUGUAUCAGGAGGUGCUUCAGGAAGAAGUAUGGAUGAUAAUGGUUCUCUUGGCCUGGAUGUUAAUGACAAUCAAGGUCAUCUUGACACUGCAGAUCUGCUGGACAGCAACCACGUAUCAGUUCAUUGUGACAUUUGCACUUUGAACAAUGAUGCUGAUGAAAAUGAGAGAAGUCAUGGACCUCGAAGUGACAGAAUUUCUGAAAAGGUGAACGCUGAUUUGAUUCAACAUUCGGAUGAGUCUGAUCAAAGUGGAUGUUUUCAAUUGGCAGAACCAGAUUCUUCUUUUUCUGGUCAGUUGAAGGGCAACAACAUUGAUAGAGUGAGUAAGAGGGCUAACCCUGACAAUGAAGCAGUUUCUUCACCCAAUCAGAGCAAGCAACUUUCGUGGGUGGACGACUACAAGUGUUCACUCUGUGGGGUUGAGCUGCCGCCUAGUUUUGUUGUGGAGAGACAAGAACACGCUGAUUUUCAUCUUGCUGAGAGGCUUCAGGAAGAGGAAUCUCUCACUAAUUCAAGAUAUCCAAUCAGGCAAAGUUGUAUCCUGAAGGGUCACAAUGGGAACCAAAGCAAACAUAAGAAGAAGAAGCCCUCUAAAGAUGGCAAACAUCUGACAAUUGAUCUUUUCUUUGUAAAGAGUGCCCAAAACUUCUAGGAUUGUGCAGAUACGUCCAUAUUGUUCAUUGGUUAGUGGUAAAGAUUGUACGAAUGUCAUAAGCUCCACAUACAUUGUUCAUAAUCGCGGGUUUUUCUAAUUUUACUUUUUAUUAUGUAAUGCCUGACAAUAAAAGCUUCUAGUGUCAAAAUAUGGUAUUGCUGUUAA